AAGCUUUUCUUUUCUUUUCUUUUCUUUUCUUUUCUUUCCUCUUUUUUUUUGUUUUUUUUUUAAAAAAAAACGUUUGCUCACUUUGUUUGAUCAAUUUCAUGCAUCGAUCUACCUUCCCAUAGCAAAGCAGUUGAUACAUCUUCUUAGUUGUUCCAACCAAUCUAGCUAGCUUCUUGGGUCUUUUGUUUUUUCCCCUCUUUUUUUGGAUCUUUCAAUGUGGUUUUCUUAUGGUCUUUACAUAUAUGUGCAAGGAAAUUUGUUAAGCAUAUAUAGAUGUAAAGAGUUGUUGAUGUAGUUCCUUGGAUAUCAUCAUCAUCAUCAUCAUCAUCUUCUUCUUCUUCUACUUUUUUUUUUUUUUUUUUAAUUUCCUUCCUUGCUCAAGUUUUGAUUUGGAGGAGAGAUGGGUUAUUUUGCAAAAAGCUUCUCAAUAAAAGAUCAAUCACGCAUCCUCCCUGUAAAGAGAAAAUCUUUCUUGGUGAAAGAAUUUUUAUGCCGAAUUAUGUAAGGAGGAAUAUCCUUUAAGAUGCAUGUGUAGUGAUAAAAAUAAAAAUAAGAAAAAAGCAAAACAAAGGCUGGUGUUUCUUCUUCUUCCUUUUAUUUCUGGUCAUAGCUUAAGAAUUUAUAGGGUCUCCUUUUACCAACUGAGAGAGGAAACAAAUAGAUCUGCUUUGGAGUAGCUGAGAUCUCUCCUCCUCCUCUCUUAACUUUUUCUCUUCCUCCUAAAACUAUGAUGAAAGGGCUCAUAAUUCAGCAGCAGCAGCAGCAGCAGCAGCAUCAGCAGCUUCUUGUGGAGGAGAACAUGUCCAAUCUAACCUCUGCCUCUAAUGAAGCAAGUGUGUCUUCCAACCAGCAAUCCUCCUUCGCCUCCCCAAACCCUAAUCCUGCGAAGAAGAAGAGGAACCUCCCAGGAAAUCCAGACCCAGAUGCGGAGGUGAUAGCACUGUCGCCAAAAACUCUGAUGGCGACCAACAGGUUCGUGUGCGAGAUCUGCAACAAGGGUUUCCAAAGAGACCAAAAUUUGCAGCUCCACAGGAGAGGGCACAACCUGCCAUGGAAGCUGAAGCAAAGGAGCUCCAAGGAGGUGAGGAAGAAGGUGUACAUAUGCCCCGAGGUCACGUGCGUCCACCACGACCCCUCACGUGCGCUGGGUGACCUCACCGGGAUCAAGAAGCACUUCUCCCGGAAGCACGGCGAGAAGAAGUGGAAGUGUGACAAGUGCUCCAAGAAGUAUGCCGUGCAAUCUGAUUGGAAGGCUCACUCCAAAAUCUGCGGCACCAGGGAGUAUAGAUGUGACUGUGGCACCCUCUUCUCAAGGAGGGAUAGCUUUAUCACGCACAGGGCCUUUUGUGAUGCACUGGCUGAGGAGAGUGCAAGAGCCAUAACAGCAAACAACAAUCCCUUGGCUCCUCACCAUCCAUUACUAUUCUCUCAGCCCUCCUCGUCCCAAGACCCCUCCCCUCUCUCCCCCACAACCCUUCAAGCCCAGUUCCCUCAAUUCAUAAGAUCCUCAGAAACCAACACCAACAUCAGUAACAGCAACCACGGCUUACUACAAGAACUCUCGCUUAAGAGAGAGCAGCAGCAGCAGCAGUUUAGCAUGCGACAGGAUCACGUCCCUUCAUGGCUGAGUUGCCAGGGAUCGACACCACUGAACCCCUUGGAACUCCCCUCUUCUAUCUUUUCAGCAAGGUUGGAGCAACAGCAUGAGUACACUAAUGAGAACUCAGCUCCUAAUGUGAAUAUCCCGGCUUUCUCUACUCCCUACCAGGCCUCAGCGGCUUCUCCGCACAUGUCGGCUACUGCUUUGCUUCAGAAAGCAGCUCAGAUGGGUGCAACACUGAGCAGAUCCACACUCCAGGGCCAAAUGGCUUCUCAUACCAGCAAUAACACGGCUGCUAAUUCCCUGGCCAGCUCUUCCGGGUUUGGUCUUGGCUUGUCUUCACAGCAGGAGAUGGGUGGAAACAGCAGCAGCAGUGAUCAUGGGUUUAAGCUUGGAACGGCUUCUCCUCUCCUCAGUGACAUGAUGAUGAACAAUCCUCUAUCCACAUUUGAAGAUCCAUUUGGGGGGAUGAUGGGCUCAAAGAGAGAGGGUAAUGUUAACAGUGAAAUGGAGACCAUUGCUAGAAUGUACGGGAGGAAGGAGGAAGGAGGAAGUGGUGUUGGUGUUGGUGGUGGUGGAGGUGGUGGAGGUGAUGGGUUGACUAGAGAUUUCUUAGGCCUAAGGGCCAUUUCCCACAGGGAUAUUCUUAACAUGGCUGGGUUGGAUCCUUGCAUCAGUUCCUCCUCCUAUGAGCAAACUCAACAAAGUAAGAAGCCAUGGCAUGGUUAAUUAGCUAGCUACUAAAGUUUAUCCUGCAUGGUACAAAUGGUUUUCAUGAGUCAAAUUUUUGCUCGGAUCAAGUCCUAUGGUUUACUAUUCUUUAUCUAGCCUUUCUUUUGACCCAAAGGGAGGAAAGUUUGGUCUCCAUGUCUAUAUAUUCUUGGUAGGGUUCGGUUCUCAUAAAGCUUGAAAUUGCUAUGGCACUUUUCUCUAUGUUCGUGUACCAAUUAAUGUUCUUAUUAAACCUUUGCAAUAAUCCUUCGUAGCUGAUCUAGAGUGGAGGAGGUUAUCCUCUUGUAAUCAGUUUAAAAUAAUACAAACUUUUGUUUAAACUAUAGUAGAAUGGAGUAAAUUAACCAGCAAAAUGGUUUGUUCUUUCCUCCAAAA